GGAGUAAAAAAGGGAAGCAUUAUGUAUAAAUGGAAAUGAAUGAGGAAUGGAUGCAUAGGAAUUAGGAAUUAGGAAUUAGGUAUGUGAAGAUGCCUUCGUCAUUUAGCCUGAUGUUCAUGUACACGGGGCACAUCCGGCGGGCGUUCACGGGGGCGGGGCUGUUGUCGCAGACGCUGAGAGUGGACGAGGAAACGACGAUGCACUUUUGGGGCCCAAAAAGCGAAAUGGCGGAAAAGGGUUACCUGGUGCUGAUCCACGGGUUUGGGCCUAGCGCGACGUGGCAGUGGCGUCGGCAGGUGAAGUUCCUGGCCCCACACUUCAACGUGUACGUUCCGGACCUAGUGUUCUUCGGAGGCUCCACCACCAAGUCGAGGGAGAGGAGCGAGGUGUUUCAAGCAGAGUCGGUGGGGAAGCUUGUGGACAAAUUGGGUGUCCACAAGUUCCACGUGGUGGGCACCAGCUACGGGGGCAUCGUCGCUUAUAACUUGGCCAAGAUCUUGGGGGAAGACAGGGUCCACAAAGUUGUUCUUGCUAGCUCCGGUCUCAACAUGACUAUUUCUAGCAACGUUCACAUGGUGCAUGCUGCUCAAUUCAACAACAUUGAGGAACUCAUGCUCCCUAGUACUCCCCAACAUCUCCGUAAAUUGAUGUCCCUCUCCAUCCACAAACCUGCCCAAAGGGUCCCCGAUUUCAUCCUCAAAGACUUCUUAGACGAAUUAUACGGUGAAAAUAGGAAGGAAAAAGUUGAGCUUCUAAACGGGAUUACCAUCGGAAGGGAUCAAACUUCACACAUCUCACCUCUUUCCCAGGAGGUUCUUAUAGUCUGGGGGGAUCAAGACAAAAUAUUUCCCGUGCAAUUAGCCUAUGAACUCAAAGAGAUAAUAUGUGAAAACGCAAAACUGGAAUUGAUAAAGGAUGCAUCACAUAUGCCUCAAAUGGAAAAGCCACGAGAGUUCAACAACAUUCUUCUCAAAUUCUUGCAGGAGCACUCUUGAGUAUUUUUUUUAUGAGCAUUGUUUGUUGUAUAUAUGCAUUAAGAGCAUAUAGUGUCUGUAUCAUUAUUUUUUUUGAGAUGUAUAUUAAGAUGUAUAUUAAUUCAAUCCAUUUAAUAAUAAUUAACAUUCAUUAAAAAAAUAACAUUA